AUGACUUCAGAUCUUGAUGUAUUACAGGAACAUACAUUAUUUGAAUUUGACUUUGGAGAAGUAGAUUGUGAAGAUGAUGAUACUACAGUUGUGCAAGUUAGAGAAUUCUUAAACUCUUUAAGAGCACUUUCAAUGGCUUGUUUUGGCAAUUGUGAUAGUUGCAAUAAUGCUUCAAGUAGUGCUUCAGGUGGUAAUUUAGGUGAUGAUCCAGGUGGUGAUUUAGGUAGUGCUUCAGGUAAUACUUCAG